GCCCGCUCCCCCUCAGGCAGCGCUGCGCCAGCGCGCCUGGGCGGCCGCGGCUCGGAGCUCCCCGCCCUCGCGUUCAACUGGUGGGACCCCCGUGCGGCCCCGGCCGCGGCAGCGGGAGAGCGGCCCUGCCCGGCCCUGCCCGGCCCGGCCCGGCCCGGCGGGGCGGGCGCCGCCGCUGAGGAGGAUGCGGGCGGCGGCGCGGCGGCCGCAGGCGGGCGGCGGGCAGCGGCGCGGCGCCUGACCGCGGGGCUCCGCUCCGCUCCCGAGGAUGCUGCGGGGCGAUGCCCGGCGACAGGGAGGACGAGAUCUGCCAGAAAGCGCUGCAGCUGCUGGCCGAGCUGUGCUCCGUCGGGGCGGUGGAGAACGAGAACUGCCGGGAUUUCAUCUACUACCUGCGGGACAGAGCCCGGCCCCGCCUCAGCGACUCAGAUAUCUCCAUCAGCUUGCUGUCCCUGGUUGUCACUGCCUGUGGCCUGGCCCUGUUCGGCGUGUCCCUGUUCGUGUCCUGGAAGCUGUGCUGGAUCCCCUGGCGGGAGCGGGGCUUGCCCUUUGGGAACAAGGACAGCAAGCAGGAGCCGCUGCACUACGCGGACGCGGAUGCCAAUGACCGCGACUACAGCGAGGAUUACCUGGGGCAGCCCGCCACCUUCCCCGAGGCCUCCAUGAAGAUCAGCCACACCUCCCCUGACCUCCCGCUGGACACACAGGCGGGCACCAAGGAGAACUGCGUGCCCAAUGUGCGGAUGCAGCGCCAGAUCACCGAGCCCACCUCGUCUGACCGGCACAAUUCACUCCGGAGACAGCUCAACCUGUCCAACCCUGACUUCAACAUCCAGCAGGUUCAGAAGCAGGAGCAGCUGACGGGCAUCGGCCGCAUCAAGCCGGAGCUGUACAAGCAGCGGUCGCUGGACACGGACGACGGGCGCAGGAGCAACAGCAAGGCCUGUGGAAAACUCAACUUCAUCCUCAAGUAUGACUGUGAUUUAGAGCAGCUGAUUGUGAAGAUUCACAAGGCCGUCAACCUGCCGGCAAAGGACUUCUCUGGAACUUCAGAUCCGUACGUGAAGAUCUAUCUGCUCCCCGACAGGAAAACAAAACACCAGACUAAAGUGCACAGAAAGACCCUAAAUCCAGUGUUUGAUGAAGUUUUUUUAUUUACUGUCCCAUACAAUGAUCUCAACGCGAGGAAACUCCAUUUCUCUGUGUAUGACUUUGACAGAUUCUCCAGGCACGACUUGAUUGGCCAAGUGGUAGUGGAUAAUUUUUUAGAUUUGGCAGAUUUUCCCAGGGAAUGUAAUAUUUGGAAGGAUAUUGAAUAUGUCACCAAUGAUAACGUGGAUCUUGGUGACCUGAUGUUUUCACUCUGCUACCUUCCAACAGCUGGUAGACUAACUAUUACAAUAAUAAAGGCAAGAAAUUUAAAGGCAAUGGAUAUCACAGGAGCAUCAGAUCCCUACGUGAAGGUUUCUUUAAUGUGUGAAGGAAGGCGGCUAAAGAAAAGGAAAACUUCCACCAAGAGGAACACCCUAAAUCCCGUUUACAAUGAAGCCAUAGUCUUUGAUGUCCCUCCAGAAAACAUUGACCAAAUUAACUUGUCGAUAGCUGUUAUGGAUUAUGACCGUGUAGGUCACAAUGAGGUCAUUGGAGUUUGUCAAGUAGGCAACGAUGCAGAGAGCCUAGGUCGCGACCACUGGAACGAAAUGCUCUCGUACCCUCGGAAGCCCAUCGCUCACUGGCAUCCUCUUGUGGAGGAAUCAAGUGGGGGAGGGUGUCCAGCGCAUCCAGGCUGUGCAGAGAAAUAUAUACACAGCAUAUCAUUUUGGUUCCUGAAUCAGGACUAGACUCAGCGAGAGCUUCUGGAACCUCUGUGGCCACAGCCAUAGGACCCUGAAUAUUUGCUGAAUAGGACCCUCAGUCUUCUACUGUGUGAAGAGCUAUUGGUUUCAAGUAGCGUGAUGUUAUCCACUUGUAGCAUUAAUUCUCCAGCUGACACUUCUGCUACUGAUAGAUUAUUUGUAUGGUCGUAAGCAUUACCCAAAUUCAAGUCUUCAUUUCUGUUUGGUAGAAUAACCCAGGUUCCACAAGCAAAAUGACAGCAGUGUAAACCAACAAAUAUGGGAAGCAGCAACAAAUAUUGUCCUUGUAUUUGCAAAAAAGGUGCAGUAUUGUGAAUGGUUAGCUUUCUGAGUAUUUUUUUUUUUUCAAGAAUGAUUGCCAUCAGAUAUUUAUUUUUUGAUGACAAGUUGUGUCCUCAGUGUCAGCUGGUGCCUCCUUUCACCUGACAUGAAAACAAAUUAAUACGGUUCCUUGCAGAAACCCUUCAAAUCAGAAAAACUGUAAAAAAAGUUCUGCUGGGUGAGAACAAGAUGCAUAUGGUAUUUGAAAUGACAGCAUGUUCUUUGAGAAAGGAGAUAGCCAUCUGUACAACAUGGAGGUUGUUAGUCCUCAACCUUUGGAGAUGAUUUUCCAGUCGACGUUUCUGAGUCGUGUCCACGGCGCUGCAAACUGUUGGGAGCGUGUCCCAGGUGGCAAUGAUGGAUCAUACAAACAAGCACACACACCCCAUGUCCUUUGAAAAUGCUGUUCCAAGUCUAUAGUGCCUGUGAAGACUUCCUUUAUUAUUUGUGGUAGAAUUAGCAGGGCUGUUUUACAUGAUGGUAUGUUGUAAAUUCUGACAAAUUCUGACCAUUAAAAGAAAAUGAAUC